AUGUCGUCCGAAGAAGUCGAGAUUGCCAAGAGCAAAAAGGAGCGCAAGGAGAAGAAGAAGAAGAAGGAAAAGAGAGACGCAAAAGCACAAGUCAAGCCCGAGUCUGCAGAACCAGAGGAGCCCUCCGAGACACCGGCGAAGAAGCGCAAGCGAGAAGCUCUCCCAGACGAGAUUGAAAUCGACAUCGCAGCACCCGAGCCGGCCUCGAAGAAGGCUGCCCGCAAAGCGAAGAAGGCGAAGCUCAAUCCCACCGCGACGGUCGGCCCAGACGGGAACACAACAGAAGGAAAAGCGGAGGUCAAGGACGACAAGGAUGCAGCAGCGAAGCGCUCGGAAUUUGGUGUAUGGAUUGGCAAUCUUCCAUGGUCUGCCACCAAGGACUCGCUGCGCACUUUCCUGGUUGACAACGCCGAGAUGAAGAGCGAACAAAUCACUCGAGUGCAUCUACCAGCACCCACCAAGCCGCCGAACCCAAGCUGGACGACCAAGCCGUUGAACAGAGGGUUUGCCUAUGUCGACUUUAGCAGCGAGCUGGCCAUGUACUCGGCUAUUGCCUUGACCGAGACGAAAAUGGACGGCCGAGCGCUGCUCAUCAAAAACGCCAAAAGCUUCGAAGGGCGGCCAGACAAGCCCAAAAACGAGGAUACACAAGACACUGGUCGGGGUGCCAAAGGCGCAGUCAAAGGAGCACAUCCACCCAACAAGCGCGUCUUCGUUGGCAACCUCUCGUUCGAUGUCACUAAGGAGGAUCUCGAAGCACACUACAGUCAGUGCGGCACAGUCGAACACAUCCACAUGGCUACAUUUGAAGACUCUGGUAAAUGCAAGGGCUAUGCAUGGGUCACAUUUGGCGACGUCGACGCCGCAACAUGCGCCGUCAAGGGCUUCAUAUGGAAAACAGAGUCUGAACUCAAGGCCAAGAAGAAAGGUGACGCCGAUGCCGACGAUCAAAGCGAUGACGAGGAAGCCGACGCCAAAAAAGCAGGCAAGAAGCGCAAGUGGCUGCUCAACAAACUCUUCGGCCGGGAUCUCCGCUGCGAAUUCGCAGAAGACUCAACCACACGUUACAACAAGCGGUACGGCAAGGACAAGCCUGCAGAACCCAUCGAAGGCGUAAACCCAGAUCGGUGGAAGAACUUCAAUAACAACAAGGACGGUGGUCCGAGACCCCAAAAGGAACAAAGCAAGGACCCGCGCGAUUUAAAAAAACGUGGCAAAGUCGAUCCUCGCACGAUUAAGAGCGGGGCUGCUCAUACCAGUGCGCCGCGCGCAAGCCAGGCUAUUGUCGAGUCGCAGGGAAAGAAGACAACUUUUGAUUAA